AUGUAUACUAUGUUAAAUCAUUAUUCUCUAUCAUUUCCUUCUCGUUCUGAUCAAUCGUAUACACUAAAAGAAUUUCUACGCGAUAUUGAUACUGAAUGUGAUAAUCCAUAUAAGUUACCCAUUAUAGUUAAUAUAACAUCAUUAAAUAAUUAUGGACGAUCAAUAAAAGGUCUUCUAUCAAAAGCUACUUCAUUAUUAUUAAUAGAUAUGUGUCAACUUGAUUCAAUCUUAGCUGAAUAUCAUCGUCCAUCUGAUGGACGUCAACCUUUUCAUCGAUCUCGCUCAAUAUUAACACAAAGAGUCCCAACAAAAGCAUCAACAAAAUUUCUUAGAAUGAAAAAAUUAUCUAAAUCACUUGCUUCAUUAACGGCACCAAAUCAAGUAUCUAAUAUGAGCGAUGAUGAGAUUUUAGAUAAUGAUCAUGAUAAUACAUAUAAUCAACGAACUAUUAUUAAAGCUUUAAACGAAAAACGUUCUUCAUCGUUUCCUCUUUGUCGUAUACCAAUAAGCUAUCAAAGUUUUUUUGAAUUACUCAAUGAAAAUGAUCAAUCAAUUGAACCAUGUCAUAAAUUAAGUGACUUAAUUAUUAUUGAACAAGAUCCUGAUGAUCCAGAAAAAUAUAUUGAAAAAUGGCCACAUGCUUUUUUUCUUCGUAGUUCUUGUAAUGCAUAUACAAAAAAAUACACGUCUGAAAUUUUUAAUUCAACAAAAAAUUAUCAGAAUUCAAAAUCUACUGGUACUACUAAUUCUUCUUCUUGUGGUUCAGUAACUGAUUUAGAAUCACAGAAUAAUCUUAUUGAAUUAAAUGAUAAUAUAAAAAUUCUUCAACCAGGACAAAUUUUAACUAUUUUAAAUGUUUGUUAUGGUUUUCGUAGGCGAAUAUCGGACAAAGAAUUAAAACAACAACAACACCAACACCAACAGCAACAACAACAACAACAACCAACAUCUCCUUCAAGUUCAUAUUCAUCACCAGCAACUUGGAUGAAAGAGAAAUCGAAAAUAUUUUUUACAAAAAAACGUCGACAAACACCUAAUAUAGUUAAUAUAUUACAUGAAAGUGUUCAAAGUAAAUCUAUUCCAAACACGUCAGGACCUUGUUUAAAAUGUCAAACUCAAAAAGGUGAUCAUGUUUAUAUAUUUCUUCAUGAAUCUGGUAGUUUUAGUCCACUUAACUGUCAAACGGAUGAUUCAAAAUUAAAUACAGAAAUAAAUCAUCCUGAUAUAUCUAGUGUUUUUCAAUUAAACGAAAUACUUUCAAAUUUUCGUUUUCCUAUAUCUGUUCGUCUUCUUGAUGGUUUGAGUUCAUAUGAUAAUAUUAAUUCAAGAGCAAUUCUUAAUCGAGAUGAAUCAUCAUCUUUAACAUCAACAAAACUUCGUUUACUUAUGCCAUAUAAUGAAAAUGUUGUUUUUGCCUGUCCACUAAAUUUACUAUCACAAAAAAGUCAAAAACCUUCAUCACCAUGUAUCGUUAUUCCUCUUUCAGUAAAUGCAGAUAUUGAAAUUCAACCUUGUACAAACAUGUCGGAUAUAUCUAAAACUGAAGCUUUUCAAAAAUUAAUUGAACCAUGUUUUCAACUAAUUAAACAAUAUCAAACCGAAAUUUCACUUAUUAAUAUUCCUCUUCAACUAACCAAUAAAACAAAUCGACGAAGACAACCAUUACUUAAAAAACGUUCUCAAUCUGAUUCUAAUUUAGACGAAGUAUCUAAAGAUAAAUUUCUACAUUCCAAGAAACAACCAAAUAUUAUCUUUCACUCCUGUGACGAUACAUCAUCUAUUGUAUCUUCUACAUACCAUAAUCGAGAUAGUAUGGAAGCAGACGAACGAAAUUUAUCAUCAGAUGGUAAACAACGAAAUUCAGCAGGCAAAAUUUCUGGGUCUUAUGGAAAAGUAAACAAAAAUCAACGAAGAUCUUCAUUUAAUGGAUAUAAUUCCGAGGACGAAAUAUAUGAAGAUGUUGACAAAAUUUAUGAUUAUAUUCGUACAGGUGAUAUCACAGAUGAUGUCGAAAGAAUUAAAGCUAAAGACCAAGCGGCCAGUAGCAGUUACACAAAUAUAAUUAUUGUACCAAAUUCACCAUCAAAAGGAACUGAUCAACAAAUCUCACCACCAAUUGGUAGUCCAGGAAAAAUAAUGAAACAUCGAUUUCUUACACAGGUUAAUAAUCCUGGAACAUUUAAUCAGAGUUUUGAAACGUAUCAAAGUCGAAAUGAUGGAUGUGUUGAUGAUGAUCAAGCUCGUGCCCUUUUUUUAGCAUAUAAACAACGUUCAAAAGAUGAUUCUAAAGAUUUUUCUAAUGUAAAAUCAACAACACCAAUGAAAAGCAUGAAUAAACAUUAA